AUGUGCCCAAAGAGUCUUCCUGCAGAUGGAUUGGUGGUGAAUUGCCAGCUCGAUGCAGAAAACUUUGAGAAGAUAUCUAAAGAGCCAAAGGAUCUAUGCAUAGAGGAUGAAGAUGUUUCCAUUAAGUUCUAUCAGGGCUCCUCAGAUCUCAGUAGUUUGUCAUCUCAGCUGGAUUUCAUCACCUUCCGGAGACAGCAGCUCCACAACCGGAGGAUCAUGCUGCUGAAGAUUAAACAUUUCAGAAACAAGAUGAAAGGCCCAGAAGACUUGUCCAAUACAGCGUCUUUCCCGGAGGAAUCUGACUCGACAGAGUUGGAGGAGGUAGAACAGGAGUUAUGUGACCUGGUGGAGAGGGAACAGGAGCUCUUACAGAUACAGAUGGACAACAACGCUGAGACGGAAGUUGAAAACAACCCAUCAUCAGAGAAUGCAGAGGAGCUAACCGCCCCUUAUAACAUAAUGUGUGUCCUACCUGGUAACCCAACAGAAGGAAUGACACAAUGCACAUCGGAGGCUACACCACCUGUCAGAACAGAUCAGCAUAAGAGGCUCACAUGUCAAGGAGUGUAUGUCCUGCCUCAAUGCACCUCACCAGAGAGCAUGCCAUCCCUGGUGCCCACAUCCCACACACAUUCAUCUCAGUCCCCCUCAGUACCCCCAGAGGAUAUAGUGGAUGUGGAGAAACUUCACAAAGUCCCAGCAAUCGUCCAAUGCCCUUUCUGCAAGCAGGUUGUCAGGACAAAAACAUAUCGCAAAAUUGGAGGGGCCGCCUGGAUUAUUUGCUUUGUUUCCGGGAUGUUAGGAUGCGUAGCUGGAUGCUGUCUCUUACCCUUCUUUUUGGACAACCUGAAGGACGUCUGCCAUUCCUGCCCUGAAUGUCACAACAAAAUCUAUACUUUAGAACGAAUGUGAGGACUGGAUGGGAUAACUACAGCCCUUACACACUGUAGAACUCCCUGCAGCUUCUUUGGUGUUCUGGAUGGGGACAGUUAAUGGGCUGGUUGGUGUCUGUGACACCAUUUUGGAUCUCUCCAAAAGUGCUGAUAGAAAGAAUCCAAGGAGAGUCCGACCAAAAUGGACUGGAAAGACACUUAUACUGAAUGAAGAUGUCAUUCUUUUUACUUUCCCUGCUUCAUUAUCUUUAUAUCAUAGUGGUUGUAGGAGACACCACUUUGAACUCCCUAGGGAUGGUAUAAAGUCCCAUUCAAAUGUGGAAGGGAAAGCAGGUGAUUUAAUGUCAACCUGAAUAUUAUGAAAAUUAUGAAUAGACGGCACAUGCAAAUGUUUAACUGCAUGCAAUAAGGACAUGUAAAGUUCACUUCCCCAUUUCUUUCCAGGGUCAAAAGACUUAACACAAGUGAAUAAACCUAGCAAACGUGUGAAGAAAAAAUAAUGGACAAUUGUCUGAGGUCAGGCAAGAUUGUAGCUAAGCAUGGACAAGCUCAAGGCUACAAAUCAAUUUCCAGAGACCUCAACGUUCCUUUUUUUACCACGUUAUCUUUUCAAGACGUUUAAGGUCCAAGCCACUGUAGCAAACAUCUUUACAUGUGGACAUAAGAAAACUAGAUUGCAGCAACAGUUUGAACACAAUCAAGUGACACACUGAAUAUAGCCAACAUUCAGACAUAAGGUACAAUAAAUUGAACUGGCACUAUUCAUAUGGGUCUACCAACAGGACAAUGACCCCAAACACACUUAAGAAAAACACACCCAAGAACGGUUCAAGACAAAACUCUGGACUGUUCUGAAGUGGCCGGCAACGAGUCCAGAUCCAAAUCCUUAACAGAACCUGUGGAGAGAUCUGAAAACCGCAAUUUGGAGACACAUUUCAAACUUGGGACAACUGGAGCAGUUCGCACAGUUCUCCACACUGCCAGUGCAUAGGUGCCGGAAGCUCAUCCAUGGCUAUAGGACACACUUGAUGGCAGUUAUUUUGGCCAAUAACUUUUG